AUGUCGAACAGCAAUAACAAUAUUAACUAUGCAGCAGUCUGCCGCGGCAAUACAAUUUUAGCCCAGGCAGCCAUUACAAGUGGCAACUUUGAUUCUGCAAUUGUUGAUAUAAUUGGUAAAAUGGAUCCAAACCAAUCUCAAGUUAUGACAGAAAAGGGCCAAUACCGCUAUUUUGUUAUCCAUGAUCAGCAAGGACUUAACUUCAUUGCUGCUGGUGCAACAUCCGUUCAGGCUAAGCUCGCUUUCGAAUUCCUUGAGAACGUUCAAAAGAGAUUUAACCUUCAAUAUGCUCGUAUGUGGAGAAUAGUUCCAGCUUACGGCAUGCAACAGGAGUUCGGAUCCCAAAUCCAAUCCCUUAUUACUUCAACUAACAAUGAUAAAAUCCGCACAAUCAAAUCUAACAUCGCAGCAACACAGGAAACAAUGACAGAAGCCAUGCAAAAUGCUCUCCUUCGUGGUGACAAGAUUGAAACAAUGAAUGAAAAGGCAGAAGUCAUGGCAGCUAACGCUAAGGAAUACGAAAGAUCAGCUACACGUGUAAAGAGGAAGAUGUGCUGGGAGAGAUAUCGUUGGUAUCUUAUCGGCAUUGUUUGCGUCAUUGUUCUCAUUUUGAUCAUUGUACUUAUUGCAUGCAAGGGAUUCAAGUGCAGCCACUCAUCAACAACACCAACACCAACUCCAAUCCCACCUACUCCAACUACAACACCAAAUCUUCAGCCAUAA